UUCUUCUUCUACUUGCAGCUGUUUCUCUACAUCAGACCUUGAUGUCUAGUCCACUGCAGUUUCCUCUUCGUUGAUUUUUAAAGACAUAUUCAUUGAAAAUGGCAGAAGAUCUGCGGUCCGAGCUGGAGAAAUACCUGCAGAGUUUAAACAUCCAGACGACGUGCGUGGAGCACCCGCCGGUGUUCACCGUGGAGGAGAUGAUGCCUCACCUUCAGGACGUGGGUGGAGCCGUCACCAAGAACCUCUUCCUGAAGGACAAGAAGAAGAAAGGCCUGUGGCUGGUAUCGGCUCGCCACGACCGCCAGGUGAACCUCAACGACCUCGCCAAGAAGCUCGGCGUCGGCAGCGGCAACCUGCGCUUCGCAGACGAGGCGGCCAUGUUGGAGAAACUCAAGGUGGGUCAGGGCUGUGCGACGGCUCUCGCUCUGCUCUUCGACAAGGACCAGAGUGUGAAGUUCGUCCUCGACCGGGACCUGGUGGAGGGAGGCCACGAGAUGGUCAACUUCCACCCCAUGACCAACGCCGCCACCAUGGGGCUCCGACCGGACGACCUGCUGCGCUUCCUCAAGGAAACGGGACAUGAACCCGUCCUGGAGAGCUUUGAGUAGGACCUGAGCAGCCUGCAGGGAUUAAACUGGCACAUGAAAAUAACCUUUAUUCUGCUUCAAAGAUUUAAAAAAAAGGAUAACAAAUAAUCAAAUUAGGGCUGUCAUCUGAUUAAUAUGUGUAUUAUUAACGUGAUUAUCACGGUUAUCGUCAAUACUGGUAUAUUGCAACACCACGAGAACAUGAAAAAAAGCUUGUAACUUUAAUUUAGUGACACGUGAAUUCAAAUAGAGCAUGAACAUGAAGGUAACAUUUUUAAAGCUCUGCCAAAGCUCUUUGUUAUUUUUAUAGAAUUGGCAAAAAGUAAAGAUUUAUUUAAAGACUAUUAGUUGAAGACAUUGACUAUUGGUUUUUGAAUGUCUCUCUGUUACUUUGUGAAGCUCAAGUCUGUUUGUUAAAGGAGCAGACUGUUGUUUUCCAUGUUUAAGCUCAGUAAAGAAUAUGCUGUCGUUUUCAAAUCAGUUUUACAUUCAUGCUGUCUCCUUUUGUGAAAAGCAACUUCCAGAGACUCUUGGCAAAAUAAAUGUUUCAUCAAGUU